GGGCGGCCCUUCCGGUCGGCGGAGCCCGGCGGCCAGAGCGGCGGCGGCGGGCGAGCGGCGGCAUGGCGGGCGCGGGGGGCGAGGCGCGGUUCGCGGGGCUGACGCUGGUGCAGCUCAACGAGCUGCUGGAGGACGAGGGGCAGCUGGCGGCCAUGGUGCAGCGGAUGGAGGAGACACAGAACGUCCAGCUAAACAAAGAAAUGACGCUCGCCAGCAACCGGAGCCUGGCCGAGGGGAACCUCCUGUACCAGCCCCAGCUGGACGUGCGGAAGGCGCGCCUGACCCAGAAGUACCAGGAGCUGCAGGGGCUGUUCGAGGCCUACCAGAUCAAGAAGACCCAGCUAGACAAACAGCCCAGCAAUGCCUCCUUGGAGACCCUGUUAGCGCUUCUCCAGGCCGAAGGAGCCAAGAUUGAGGAAGACACGGAGGACAUGGCAGAGAAGUUUCUCGAGGGAGAGCUGCCUCUGGACGCUUUCAUCGAUGUCUACCCGAGCCAGAGGAAACUGGCCCACGUGCGGAGAGUCAAGAUCGAGAAGCUGCAGGAGAUGGUGCUAAAGGGGCAGAGACUCCCGCGGGCCCCGGCCCCGCUGCCGUCCAGGGGGCCCGAGCCAGCGCCCGCCGCCCCGGACGCUAGCGGCCCCCCCUCGGCCAUGCGUCGGCGCGUCCCGCCCCCGGUGCCCGCAGGACGCUUAGCCACGCCGUUUACCGCCGCCAUGGGCUCAGCGCAGGCCCCGCUGUACCCGCCCCUGCCCCCUCGUGUGGGCCUCCCCCCGCAGUUUGUGUCGCCAUACCCACCCCCUCUCCCCCAGAGGCCCCCACCCCGACUGCCUCACCAGCCAGGCUUCAUCCUGCAGUGAGGUCCCUCGUCCGUCCGUCCUGGGUGAGACUCCCGCCAGCCUGCUGGCCGGGGCCCAGGGGCGUCUGCUGUGAGCACUGUAGGUGGGUGAGGAGCGUGGGCCCCGUGCGUGCUAGUGCCAGUUUGCAUCCUCCGUUCGCGUGCGGUUUGUGUUGUGAGCUCACGGACCUGGGGAAGCUGCCCUCCCUUUAGAAUGUGGUCCUCCCAUCGCAGCUUUCGCAGCAAGCGUGGGUCCUGGUUUCUGCUUUAUUUUCAAGACAGUUUGUCCCAGCCUGGGCCAGGCCACAAGGUGCUGAGUCUGGGGGUGACAGCCCCACACACCCCCAAAACCUGGGUCCCUCAAAGCCACCCACAGGGUUUGCACUUGGCCCACUGCCCAGUGGAGGUGGGCGGAGCUGGACUUUGCACAUCGCUGUCCUCCCAGCUCCUCCCUCCCCUCCUUAGCCGGUCCCAGGGUUUCUACAAAGAAAUACGCCAAUAUUUUUACUACGUGUGUAAAUUUCCUGUUUUAUAUUGGGGAAGAAAACUUUUUGACACAAACCAUUCAGGGAACUUUAUAAAGUGUACAUGUUUUGAGAUGGAAGUACAGGUGACAGGUGACCCAAAUCAGCUGCCCCCAGGCCAUGGGGUGGCUGUGGCCCCAGCUGCCUUCAGGAAGGGUGUGUCACCCUGUGCUGUAAGAAGUUUGCCCCCUGAACCAGGGUCCUCUUAGCCAAUACUCUCAGCCUCUGGGUGGGCGAGGGAGCUGGCUCUGGGAGGAGAGAGUGCCAAGCUAGGACCCUUCCUGCCCACUAGGUUCCCAGCUCCAGGUGCUGCAUCUGAGGUGGGUGUCACCACCCGCCUGUGCAGACAGGCCAGGUGCUCAGGUGGGGACGCCUGGCUGCUGCCCAAGCUCUGACGGCCUGUCCCAGCGGUCACGGGGAGGCCACCACCUUUGUACUCUGUGUCCACACAGUUCUGCUCCUGGACUUGAACUCUACUGUAUCAUACUGUUUUCCAAGAACCAGAGCUGAACCGGACCAUCUGCUGCCGUGCCAGGGCGCCUGCCAUGCUCUGUGCCCCGAGAGCAGUGCCACCCACACCAUGCCUCUGCCGCCGAGCAGGGCACAGCUGACACGACUCAGUGUGGAUGUGGCAAAGGGGCAGCCAGGCGGCCACGCCUUCGCUCCAGGGCCAUGUCUGAGCUGUGGUUGUGAGGCUGUGGGACCCUUUUUAAUAAAUAGAGAAUUACUAC